AUGAAGAAUUUUGGAUACACUCAAAGUAAUUCAGACCACACCCUGUUCUUGAAGCGUGAUGAAGGAAAAAUCACUACAGUAAUUGUUUAUGUGGAUGACAUGGUCGUAACUGGGAAUGACAUAGAAGAGCAACAGAAGCUACAAAAGUAUUUGUCUCAGGAAUUUGAGAUGAAGGAUUUAGGUGCUCUGAAAUACUUCCUCGGAAUUGAAGUAGCAAGGUCAAAAACUAGUAUAUUUCUGUUUCAAAGGAAGUAUGUGAUGGAUCUACUCACUGAAAUAGGAAUGCUUGGAUGUAAGCCUGCUGACACACCCAUUGAGAUGAAUGACAAGUUAUGUAAAGACAUAGACCGGUUGCCAACCAAUAAGGAUACCAAUGCCUUGUUGGAAGGUUGA